AUGUUCGGCAUGUGGUUGCGCGUGCGCCGCAUGAAUAUAAAUCAGGCUAGUGGUGCCUGCGCCGGGCACCGGGCGGUGGUGGCGGUGGCGGUGGUGGCGCGGCGCGCGGCGGGCGGACCAAAGCAGCGACAUCCACUUGGAGUAUUUAUUCUGGUGGCGUGCGUCGUGUGUUCUGCGCUGGCGCAGGAUGACGAGCGGCCAGCGGCGCCUGCUCGGGGACUGCUCAAACGCGGCUCAUUGGCUAAGGGAAAAGCUACAACUACCACAACCACGCCUGCACCUCAGGAGGAGGCUGAGUAUGAGGAUGAGGGCGAAUUCUCCGAAGAAGGUGAACCGCAGGAGGCAUCGACUGAGGCUCCCUCAUCUACCACUGAGGGCAAGAAGCUAGUUGGCAGUGGCGUGAGGCCAUUCAGAAGCAACACUGAACUUCUCGAGAUCCUCAAGAGGAAAAGGGCCCAGGCUGCUGAAGCCAAAUUGCACGCUCCCUCGACCACGACUUCGUCGCCAGCUCAGGAUUCUCUUGACCCCACCAAAAUUACAUACAACAACAAGAGCAAGAAGCGUUUCAACAACUCUCCAGUGACCAGGGAAGUCGCUAAUGAUGAGGCGCCAGCUCCACCCAAACCAAGCAGAGGUCGUUUUGGAAGGCCGGCCACUAGAUCGGUCCAGGAAGAGGAGGAGCCACAAGUAGAUGCUGCGCCCAAAGUAGUAUCCGGCAGAACGUUCAGGCGAGGCGGCAACUAACUCUUCUAACAUUCAUAAGUUACCCCCCCCUACCCACCAUCCCGUCCCUAUAAUCCUCCCAAUCAAAUUCUAUGAUAUACAAAGUUUACGACGUCCCCUCCCGAUUAUAACCUAGAAUAUAUUUGAAAAAAAAAGAUGGCAGCAUAUUUUGAUUUUUAAACAGAACAAUGAAGUACACUACAUUAUAUUAUUAUGCAAUUAUUUUUUAUAUAUAUCUGGCCAUACUCUUAUACUAGAACAUUAUAAUCUAGGUUAUAAUCUGGCAACGGGGUUUUAAAGAAACAUUUUCGGUUCCAAAUUCAUCACAUUAGAUGGAUUAGAUUACAUUUUUAUACUUGUGUAAAUUAUAAGUGUAAGUAAUUUUUAAAUAAAAUAAUUUUAAAUUUU